AUGAACAGAAAAAUAACAUCAUUUUUUAAGACGAAUACCAACGAAAAUGAAAGGAGCACUACUGAAGUUUUGGAAAAUGAAGAUAUUGAAUCUGAUGAAUCAGGAGAGUUUGAUGAAGAUUCAUUCAUAAGAAAUCACUCAGAUCGCCAGAUAAGUGACUAUGAGGCUAUUCUUCGUAAAAAUAAAGCCGCAAAAUCUGUGGCAAAGAUAGUUUUAAAUGAACGAAAAGGAACUGGUUCGGUUGUUUGGGACUACUUUGGAACACUUAUGCUCCGCGGUAAGUCCGUGCUCAAAAAACUUCAUUUUUGUAAAAUUUGCUUUGAGAUGGAGCUUACAACAUUAAAAGGAUUUAGCCAAGUAACGUCAACUUCAAAUCUUUUAACGCACUUGCGCAACGUUCACGACAUAGAGCUCAAGAGCAAAAAUUCGGAGGCUUCCUUGAAAAAAACAAAUGAAGCACUAUCGUCUUCAUCUAAAGAUAAAGAUACGAAGUUUGUUAAUGGUAGAAGAGUGGCAGAAAUGUGCUGUGUUGAUCUCCAGGCUUUCAACGUUGUGGAAAGGAAGGGAUUUUUAAAAUACAUGGCUCUUGUAAAACCCGGUUGGAAUUUCCCACUAGUCGCACAAUUGCUACAACAGCAUUGCAAGAUGUCCAGUUUAACAACUGAGCACUUUGCUCAUCCACACACUGGAAGUCGAAUUGCCGAUUGUAUCACAUCCACUGUAAAAUCGUUUAAUUUAGAGAGUCGUGAAAUACACGCAGUUAGCGAUGGUGGAGCCAAUAUCAUAGCUGGAUUAAGAAUGUCAAAAAUGCUGCGUUAUGAAUGUAUGGCACACUCAUUGCACAGAUUUAUAGUGCAUGAUGUUUUGGACAAUCCAGAAUUUAAUGAAAUCAAAGCUGUAGUAAAAAAACUAAAGGCUACUUAUACGAAAUUAUCGUAUUGUUCCGAAGAUUUAAUGGCUAUACAAAAGGCCCAUCUCCAAGAUGGAAUUAUAGAAAUAUUACUGCAAAGUAAUGACAUUGCCGAAUCUCUGCAAUUAGAGGAGGAAUUCGGAGUUUCUUUAGAAGAGGAAAUGGAUUUGCCAAGAGAAACUCUUCAAAAUCAAACUGCAACUACAAUUAAAGUUGCAAAUGAUACAAGGUGGAAUACCUUAGCAAACAAUGUUUAA